GGAUGCAGUUGGGGAGACAAUUUACAGAUAAGAACUGGACACAGUGGGAUUUAGUGGGAAGUAGAACGGUCAGAAUUCUGGGGGGGGGAUGCUGAGUCCGGAAUCAAACCGGCUGCUCCCCAUGAAUUUCAAUUCAUGUAGCAAGAGACCCAUCAUAUCUUCUAUCUUUUAUCAAGGGAUCUCCUUUUUUUGUGUUUCCAGGCUGAUGUGCCAAUUCCAUCCUUGAGGUUCACCCAUGGGAAACACAAAGAGCAAAUCUUCUGUUCCGGAUGGAAUUGAUGGAGUCCAGCUACACAGCAACGUAAACUCACCUCACAGACCCGGCACUGCCGAUCCAAAGAAGAAGAAGAAAACUGCACCUAAAUUCAUUGAUGGGGAGAAAGUAGAUGUCCUAAACUCAUGGGUGUCUCAAAACAUCAGGAAGAAAGAGUGCGUGGCCUUCAUCCCUCGAGUCUCUGAGGCUCCCAGUGACAGGGAUUCAUGCAGCUGUGGACACACCAGACACACACAUUUUGGAGACCAUAAAAGUUCUUCAGUGGAACCCGGUACUGUGUGGGACCCCCAUAAACACGUCCGAGAGUUUCCUUCAGAUGCCCACGGAGACCUGACUUUCACUGGCACAACAAGGACUUGGGCAAAGUACGUACGAGCCUCCAAUGAUACCCCUCCUCGCUUGCUCUUUGACUUAAUGACCCAACAGUGGGACCUCAGUGUCCCCAACCUUCUCAUCUCUGUCACUGGAGGAGCCAAGAACUUCAACAUCAGCCCCAGACUCAAGACUGAAUUCAGCCGGGGGCUCGUGACGGCAGCACAGAGUACUGGUGCCUGGAUCAUCACAGGCGGGUCCCAUGCGGGUGUCAUGAAGCACGUCGGAGAGGCUGUGCGGGAUUUCAGUGGAGGCCAACAUGAGUCUGACAUUGUGCUCAUUGGCAUUGCCACCUGGGGCAUCGUACACAACAGGGAGUUGCUGAUCAGUGAGGCGGGAGGAGCCCCCGCUGUUUAUCAGAUGGACGAGGGAUCACAGGGGUCGCUCUGCUGCCUAGAUAAUAACCACACACAUUUCAUUCUGGUGGAUAAUGGGACAUUUGGAAGAUAUGGAGUUGAAAUUCCCCUGAGAGCCAAACUGGAGAAAUACAUCUCAGCGCAAACGAUGGAGAAAGCAGGAACAGCCAUAAAGAUCCCUAUAGUUUGUGUAGUGCUGGAAGGAGGACCCGGGACACUGGAUACUAUCUACAAUUCCAUGUGCAAUAACACACCGUGUGUGAUAGUGGAGGGCUCUGGCCGUGUGGCUGACAUCAUUGCCCAGGUGGCCAAUCUGAAUAUUUCCAGAAUUACCAUCUCUCUGGUCAAGGAGAAGCUGCAGAACCUCUUCCAGGACACUUACGAAAGCUUCACUGAGGCCCAGAUCAUCAUGUGGACAAAAAAGAUUCAGGACAUUGUCCGUAUGGGGUCGCUCCUCACCAUUCUUCGAGAAGAUAAAACUGAAGAACAGGGGAUGGACGUGGCGAUUCUUCAGGCAUUGCUGAAAGCUUCUCGGAGCACUGACCUCUCAGGGCAGGAGAACUGGGACCAUCAGCUCAAACUGGCAGUUGCGUGGAACCGGCCUGAUAUAGCUGAGAGCCAAAUAUUCACUGAAGACUGGAUGUGGAAGCCUUCAGACCUGUAUCCAUCCCUGAUGGUCUCACUAAUUGAUGAUAAGCCUUCCUUUCUUCGUUUAUUUCUGGAACGCGGUGUGAGUCUGUCCGAGUUUCUAACGUGGGAUGUAUUAACUGAAUUAUAUAACAACACUGAGCCUUCGAGUCUGAUUCGCAGCAAAUUGGAGCGACAGGCCAUGUUGGACGAGUCAACAGAAAUAAAUGGGCCGACGAUCCAGCUCCAUCAUGUGUCCCGUGUCCUGCAGGAGCUUCUGGGGGGACGUACUGAGCCAUUGUAUCCUGACGUGAGGUCCCAUCGGACACGGAAUUUGCCACACAUCAAAAUUAAGAUAUCAGGGAAAGUAUCGUCUAUGAGGUUAGCAUCGGAUUGUACACUGCAACUGGAGCACCCUGUCCGAGACCUGUUAAUCUGGUGUAUUGUGCAGAACCGAGCGGAGCUGGCAGAGAUCAUAUGGUGCCAGUCCCAGGACUGUAUCGUUGGAGCUCUGGCCUGCAGUAAGAUCCUCAAAGCUCUCUCCAAAGAGGAGGAUGACACAGAAAGCAUGGAGAACAUGAAAGUGCUGGCUGACGUUUAUGAGGAAAGAGCAGCAGGGGUCUUUUCUGAGUGUUAUGAAAGUGAUGAGAGUCGGGCUGAACAACUUCUCAUUCGCGUCUCUUCCAUAUGGGGAAAAACAACCUCCUUGGACCUUGCUCAGGAAUCUCAGGGACAAGCCUUCAUGUCCCAGGGUGGGGUACAGAUGUUCCUCAAUAAGACCUGGUGUGGGAAACUCUCAGUGGACAAUGGGCUUCUGGCCAUUCUCCUGUGUAUGUUGCUCUUCCCUCUCAUAUACACUGGCCUUGUUAUGUACAGGAACAAACCACUGGCCCCGCGGAGCAGUCGCAGACCGGACAUUAACGGACAGAUGAAAUCGCCAGUCAGAAGCUCACAGACACGCAACUGUCUCAAGAAGUUCUUGCAUUUCUUCACUGCUCCCAUUGUGAAGUUCUACUAUAAUGUUGUGUCCUACAUUGGCUUCCUUUGGCUUUUUGCCUAUGUCCUGAUGAUGGAUUUCCAGACUUCCCCUUCAUGGAGAGAAUAUCUUCUAUACAUUUGGGUCUUUUCCAUCUUUUGCGAGGAGCUUCGCCAGUUGCUGUACGACCCAGACAGGCUUGGGUUUGUAGUGAAAUCUGCUCAAUACAUAAGCGAGUUCUGGAACCAGAUAGAUUCAACGGCUCUCGUCCUAUUUGCAGUUGGUCUCAUUUGCAGAUUGGCAAGUGUGGAUACAGUUUACCUGGGCCGUGUUUUUCUGUCCAUAGACUUCAUGAUAUUUUGUGUUCGUCUUCUGCACAUCUUUACAGUGAGCAAAGUUCUUGGUCCCAAGAUCAUAAUGCUUCGUCGCAUGGUAAUGGAUUUAUUUUUCUUCCUUUUCCUCCUGGCUAUUUGGAUCGUAUCAUAUGGAGUAGCAAAGCAGGCCAUACUGACCAGCAAUGAAAUCAGGUUGAAUUGGAUCUUCAGGAAUAUUGUCUAUGAACCUUAUCUCACUCUCUUUGGGCAAAUGCCAUCUGAUAUCGACGGCUUGAACUUUGAUCCAACAAAAUGUAGCCAGGAUGGCACAAAUCCCUUACUGCCCAAAUGUGUGUACAAUGAUGGUUCUGGAAACCCUCUCUUUCCUGAAUGGCUGACAAUUAUUUUAACGUGUAUUUACUUGCUGAUGGCAAACAUCCUUCUGUUGAACCUUCUCAUCGCUAUGUUCAGUAACACAUUCGGAGAUGUAGAAAGUCACACAGAUCAGAUCUGGAAGUUCUACCGCUUUGGCCUAAUAAAGGAAUAUAACGAGCGCCCAGCAGCUCCGCCACCUUUCAUUCUGCUGAGUCAUUUCUACUUUCUCCUGAAAUACGGGCUCAGCAAACGUUCCACCAUGAGCCACAAAGCCAUGAGAUCUGUAAUAGAUGAAGCAGGAGAAUCAUCUCUUCUCUCGUGGGAAUUGUACAUGAGAGACAAUUAUGUGCAUAACCGGCAGCUGUUGGACGCACAGAGUCAGGAGAAUGUUGUGAAGAACACGGCUGAGAGUGUCUCUGCUGUGCUAAAAAUGCUCAGUAUGGAGAAAGGCAGUGACGGGCAGAACAUGGAGAGGAGGAUGUUCCUACUGGAAGACGAGGUUUCCAAAUCUUCUCAGAAACUUCAAUGGAUCAUAUCGGCCCUGCGUGAGAAAGGUUUUACUGGCAAAGCCCAGAUGUUUGUUCACAGCAACUCUCAGGAUUUGGAGGAGAAGGCCUCUCUUGGGUCAGAUUCUUUAGGGGACAAAAAGUCUAUUUAUCAUGUAAAUAGCAGAACCCUGCAGUACCCGAACUCCAACACCACACGUUACCCAGUCCCAGAUGAGAUGGUGCCGUGGGAGGUGACAUUCCCAGGCUAUGACCCUCCCUUCCUCAUUGCGGACAGAGAUGAUCGGGGGGCCUAUGAUCCCCAUUCAGAGAUGUCACAGACCAAUAGGAAAUACAAUGGAGUGGAUGGUGCGUUGGAUUUCCGGAGCUCAUGUGGUACAUACCUUGUACAUGAGGGGGUCCCACUGAACCCAAUGGGUCGAACAGGUCUGAGAGGAGUUGGAAGUCUUCGUUGGUUUGGGCCAAAUCAUUCUCUGCACCCAGUAAUAACCCGCUGGAAUACACUGCCCAAUGGCUCUCUGGACAGAAAGAUUUCACGGAAGAAGCUGGAGGUUUUGGUUGUGAAACAAAUAGACAAUGAGCUGUGGGCACUGCCAGGGGGGACUCUGAGCCCAGGAGAAGACAUUCCUCCCAAACUUAAAUCUAUUCUCAAUGAGAAAUAUGUGAAAAAGUUCUCAGAUCUCCUCAGAGGUGGGACAGAGGUGUUUCGGGGGUAUCUAGAUGACCCGAGGAAUACGGACAAUUCCUGGAUUGAAACACGGGCUGUAAAUAUUCAUAUGGACUCAGACGAGAAACUGAGUCGAUUCCUACAGAAUGUGAAUGACUCCAGCCCUGGGGUUUCUCUCCGCUGGCAAAUCCUGGACCACAAGAUCCCAAUCUAUGCGGAUGAGAAGGAAAUUCUCCAGAGAACAGCAGAAGUGCAUGGGACACAUUACUAACACAACUGCCUCCAUCACAACAGCAACACAAAGUGACCACAACGUUAUAUCCACACAGUGACCAGAAAGUAAGAGAAAAGUGUUGCAAACUGUGUGAAGGAUCUCACAGCAAAGCUGAAUAGACUUAUACGGUUACUGUACAAACACAAACUUUAUUUUGUUCCAUUUGCUGCUGAAUUACAGACAACGUGUAACUUGUAUCAUUGUGUGUUUGUGCCAUUAAGUCUAUGGGGCGCGUGACAAUCCUCAUAUUAUAAUGUUCAGUAGAAUAAACAGCCCAGAGAAGCAAUGGCGAGGAUCUUAUAUCCAAUAUAUCCAAUAUAUCCAAUAUAUCAUUCUCAUCAGGGGCAGUUUGUGAAGAAUUUAUUAUUUUAUUGCCCCAUUGAGAGAGAAAAAUGGCGGCAGAUGCCAAACAUACAGUAAAGGGACAUCAGAAAGGAACUUAUAGUCGAGAUCAGUCUGGGGGAAUAAUAGUAGAGAAUGUUCUGAGCAAACGUCUGAUCCAGAAUAUGGAAUCCUCCUGUGUUCUCUGUAGUCACUUUGUGACAUUGUAUUUUACUAUGGAAUAAACCCAAUAGUGACCAUGAUGGCUGCACUUACUUAUGUCCAGUAUUUCUCUCAGCGCAUUGAAAGUUGCCUGUAAUU